UCGAAAUAGAUAUGUAUGUAUGUAUGUUCUUUAAUAGACAUUAACAACUUUUUGCUAAUUUAAAGAGUAAUUUGCAUAAUUUAGUGGCCAAUAAAUGCGUGCGAGGACUAUAUAAAAAGGAGAGGUUCAAACAGUUGGCCAGUUAAUAAAGUGUUUGAAUUGAAUUGAGUUGAAUUGAAAUUGAAAAUGCCCAACGAAGUGGUCUCAACGCGAGCCUUUGACCAUCAUUGGAUUUUGUGGCAACUGUUUGGAAUGCAUCCACCCAAAAGAAAGGCACUAUGGCAUCGCUAUUACACGAUUUACAGUGUGGUAAUUAUAUCAUACUGUUUUAUAUUCAUACCCAUGACUUUAAUUGGACAAGCUUUGGCUGCGACAUCCCUGGCCUCUAUUUGUGAGGCGAUUUGCGUGGCCGCGCCCGAUGCCUUUGAGGUGUUGAAGUUGGCCAACGUAUGGCGGAUACGGGAUCAGUUGCAGGAGAGUCAUACGAUUUUUCGGCAACUGGACAAACGUCUGAGUACACGAUCCGAAAGACAAGUCAUUCAUGGCACUGUACGUCUAGCCAAACGCAUUUUCAAAGCAACCUUCGUUGUGUUCAUGAUUUUAUUGGCCACUGGUAUAAUAAAUAUAAUAAUUUCAAAGGAUCGGAUAUUAAUAUUUCCCGCUUGGAUACCAUGGGAUUACAAAAAGAAUGGAGAUGUUUUUCUAUUAACAGUAAUUUUUAAUUUUCUUGGCCUAUUGAUGAAUGCACUGUGUGCCCUAAACAAUGACUCGUAUCCUGUAACCUAUGUAACCAUGGUGGCUGCCCAUCUUGAGGCACUUAGCAUAAGAGCCUCUAGGAUUGGACAUGAUCGUGAAUUAUUGGAACGGCAGCAUCGUCAACAUUUGAUAGAAUGCAUUCAGGAUCAUCAGUUGAUAUUGAAAUUAGUGAAAAUUAUGCAGUCAACGUUGUCUAUGGCAUUUUUUUUUCAAUUCUUUUGCACAGCCCUUGCCCAAUGCGCUGCCAUUUUUUUUCUGGCCUAUGUGAAAACGAAUUUCUCACGAACUCUUCACAUGAUUAUUCUCAUUGUGGCCAUAACAAACGAGACAGUGUUUAUUUGCUAUGCGGUCGAAGUGCUUAAUCAGUCCGGUGAGAUGCUCUCCAAGGGCAUCUAUAAUUGCAAUUGGCUGAGUCGACCAACUGAGUUUCGACGUGAUCUAUUGAUCAUGUUAAUGCGCUCACAACGUUCUACUAGCAUAACGGCAGCAGGCUUAGUAUCUGUACGACUAAACACCAUAAUUACGGUUAUCAAAGGAUCUUAUACCCUGUUUACAUUGUUAAACGCAAUAAGUUAAAAAUGGUAGAGUAUUGGAAAAAAAAUUGGGUAUAUCAAAGCUAACAAUAUUCGGCAUCGCUUUAUGUAGUUUUCUCUUU